GCAAACCGGAAAGCGAGUCAGAGCGAACAAUUAAAAUUGAAUGCUCGUGUUGAUCCGUCGUUUGCGUCUGACGUGUUCACGGUGGUUACCUCCAUGGACGACGGAAACCUAGGGAACAACAACCAUAACCUCAUCGGUGGCUCCGGAGAUCGUUUAUCCGCCGAAUCCUUACCGUUAAUCGACACGCGAGUCUUAUCCCAAUCAGAACUUCGCGCUCUCUCUCACUGCUCCUCUCUCUCCCCGUCUUCUUCGUCAUCUCUCGCCUCCGCCGGUGGAGACGACGAUUUAACGCCGAAAAUCGAUCGCUCCGUCUUCAAUGAGUCCGCCGGUAGUCGGAAACAGACAUUUCUCCGCCUCCGCCUCGCGCGCCACCCUCCACCACCGAGACCUCCUUCUCCGCAACGCCAGAGAGACGAUUCAUCCCGCGAAGAAGUCGCAUCGCUUCUCAGAUCUCUGUUCUCCGUCGAUUCGGCUCAGACGAAAGCGGAAGGAGACGAACGAGAGGAUGAAAUCGAAGGUCAGCCACUGAUCUCGUUUCCGAUCCAUAGUAACAGCAUUGUGUAUCGGAAUCCUUAUUUUGAUUCGGUUCAGGGAAUCUCCGGUGAUGAAACUAGAAAGAGGCCAGGGCUGCCGAGAAAGAUUCUGAACCCUAGCGAUUUAGGAAUCUCCAUGGAGUUAAAUCCAGGGAAGAGAAAGAGAGGUCGUCCUCCAAAGAAUAGAGAUGGUUUCAAUCAGCCAGUAUUGGAGGACUUCAAGAUCGAGGAUAAGGAAGAGAGUGUGAACUUGGAGAACAGAGAAGGUACAAUGGUGGACCUGGCUGCAUUGUCUUGUGUUGCAGAAGAUCCAUAUGGAGAGGAGCUGAGGAGGAUGACUAUGGGGUUGGUGACCAUGGAAGAGUUGUUAGGUUUCUUGGAAGAGAUGAGUGGUGAAUGGGUGAAUGCUGGAAAGAAGAAGAAAGUUGUGAAAGCUUGUGACUAUGGAGGAUACUUUCCCAGAGGAUGGAAACUUAUGCUCUGCAUCAAAAAGAAAGGUAGCAGUCUAUGGCUGGCUUGUCAGAGUUACAUCAGUCCUGAAGGACAUGAGUUUGCAACCUGCAAGGAAGUCUCCACAUAUCUGCAAGCUCCUCUUGAAUCCCAAAGCAAGAAGCAGCUCAAUUCAUUGCAAUCUGACAACAAGACUCUAGAACAACCAGUGAUGGCUACUAAUGAAUCUUUAGUAGGCAACACUGAUUCCAUGGACUUUCCUGUAACGAACCAGAACCUUACGAGUAAAAGAACCAGGAGCGAGGAGGUGUCUGAUGAAGCGAGAAGCGCCGAAAACGGCAAUACAACAGGUCCAGUGAAAACCAGAGUGGUGGAGAAAGAUGAAAAAGGGAUCCAUGCAGCAAAUUUUGUGAAUGGAGACAACAAAGAAGACGAUAUGAAGAAAAGAGACGAUGAAAUGGAGAAUUGGGCGGCUCUAUUGAACUCAGAAGCUCAAUUUGGCCGUUCAUCUUAACUGAGAAGAUUCAACAAACCCCACCCCCCUGAGUUUCUGUGAAGUAAUUGAUUUUUCUCAAUUGUAGUUAAAAAAGAUUUUGCGUUUCAUGCUUGGCCAAAGCAUGUUUUAGCUGACAACAGGAUAAUCAAAUUUGAAAGGUACAUGUACAAAACAAUUGAUAGAAACCAGAUUUUUCUUCAA